AUGCCUCCUGAUGUUCCUGAAUUGGAUUCUGAAGGUGAUGAUUCAAAUGAAUUAUUAUUAGCAUGGCAAAAAUUGUUUACUGAUGAGCACAAAAAAGUAGGUGAACAGCUGCAACGUCAUCGCUGUAGGCCUGUUUGUCAUAAAGGAAAGUCAGCUAACAGUGAUUGCCGUUUUGGAUAUCCUCAUGAUGUAGUGGAGCAUUCAAGUUUUGAUUUAAAUCAUAAUUCAAUCAUUUUAUCAAGAAAAGAAAGUGAUGUGAAUGGUCAUAACCCUUUCUUAUUAGUGUAUACAAGGCAUAAUCAUGAUGUCAAGUGCAUUCUUUCAGGGAGAGCAGCUAAGGCAGCCAUGUUUUAUAUAUCUGAUUAUAUAACAAAAAUGCCUCUUAAUACUGAAGCAUUGCUAUCAACAUUG